AUACCGGGACUGUGCCAGUGGUGGCGAGCUCCUCGGUUGGACCACCUUCUUCACCAAAUUCAUAUUGUUUCAUUCCAAGAGCUCACCAUAAACUCUCUAACGAUUAUUAGGAACAUCCGGAAAGUAUCGUAGAGAAGGUUCGACGUUGGAAUAUUGAAGUUAAUGAGUUAAUCGUCGGAAUCAUUGUUCAUCGACAUAUACAAACUUCUGGACAGCAACUAUCCCUUGACUUCAGAAUCAAACGGUUUGCAAUUCCAUGAAGAAACGAUGGAGAUAUGCCCAAAAUACGGCAGGCUGUCCAAUUGUGACGAGAUUGACAAAGUUGGUGAAUUUCGAUGUUGUUUCCACUCCCGCUCAUCCGUAAGGUUUCGGCCAAUGAUUUCAGGUCUGUACCUUUGCGUUAGACUUGUCGAAUCAUUCAUCACAUACAUACAUGAACAUAUAUGUUAUUCCAUAUGUUAAAACCAUUCCAAAAUAUAUAUGUGAUACAUAUAUAAGUUGUCUAUAUGUUGAGAUCAAAAUACACCAAAUCCAUAAAGUUAAUAUACACAUAAGUAAAUAUAAACUUUGGAAAUCAACCCAACAAUAUGUAUAUGUUAAUCAAAGGUGCUUAAAAGACUUAAAGAAGUAUUUUGGACACUCAAAAUAUCAAGAAAAAGAUUCGCAGACCCAAACUGUCGACGCAAACGGUCGACCGUCGCGUUAAAUAUCAAAAUGGGCCCCGACUGUCAGACAAACGGUCGACCGCCGGUGGCCAACGGUCGACCGUCGCCUGCCCAGCUGAGAAUCGCCGUCUCCAUCCAGUCAACAACGGUCGACCGUCACGGUGAUCCGCCAAUCCGACCUGAUGAAGAUCAAGCUCGACCGUCGCGCCAAACGGUCGACCGUUCCGAGCCCCGUAGCUUAAUUAAAUGAUAUUUUUAUCAGAUUUCACCCAAAUAAAAUAAACGUGAUGUGCGGGACUUAGCAGUCCGACAUCACCCGUUCCGGGCUUAGUGUACAUACAUGGUAUUCAUGCUUUCGAGUACCACCCCCAUUUUUCUAGUCUCACCUCAUUCGUGAGACUAGGGUGGCGUGAGUUCGUCGUACAACCUGAGCGAAUCUCAUAGCGCAAGGGUCGUCCUUGCACGUUUAGGUUCAUGCAUCAUGUUAUCAUCAUCAAGUACAUUGAUUACAUAGGUGUCAUGUAAUCAUCAUCAAGAACAAUCAAAUUGAUUAAAUGUGAAAUCAUGUUAUCAUCAUCAAGUACAUUGAUUACAUAGGUGUCAUGUAAUCAUCAUC